AUGACGAGCUCGGAGAAGAUGACGACCAAGGUGGGUUCUCUCACUCUUCAAUACCCGACGCUAUCGAGGGAUAACUAUGCUUCGUGGGCAAUCAAGAUGAAAGUCUACAUGAAGGCUCAAGACGUGUGGGACGCCAUUGAGCCCGCGGCAGGCGCGUCCGUGGAACACAGGAAGGAUCAGAUGGCGUUGGCGGCCAUCUACCAGGGGAUUCCUGAAGAGACUUUGAUGGUGAUUGCAGAGAAGCAGAAGGCAAAAGAGGCAUGGGAGACGUUGAAAACAAUGCAUCUAGGAGCGGAUCGUGUGAGGAACGCGAAGGUGCAGACCUUGAAGUCCGAGUUCGAACUUCUCCGGAUGAAGGAGAAUGAUAAGGUCGACGAUUUUUCGACGAAGUUGACAGGAGUCAUCAACAAGAUCCGGGCUUUAGGCGGCGAGAUGGAGGAGAACUACGUCGUCAGAAAGCUACUUCGGGCGGUACCGGAGAGAUUUCUUACUAUCGUCUCCACGAUUGAACAGUUCGGGGACAUCGAUGGCAUGACACUCGAGGAGGCGAUCGGGCGUCUCAAAGCCCACGAGGAGAGGGCACGUGUUUUUCGAAACAACGUCGACGAUCACCUAUUGUUGACGCAUGCGGAGUGGCAAGCAAGGGGCAAGAAGAACGGCGGAGGCUUCCUCUCAACACAUACAACAAAUGAUGGUAGCGGACGAGGUCGAGGUCGCGGGGCCGGUCGUGGGCGUGGCCGUGGCCAAAGAGGCCGAGGCGGACAGCAGUACCACGGCAGCGGGCAGCAGCACCACGCUGCCCAAGCAGGCCGCGGAGGGGAGCACGGCGGCCAGGCAGGCCGAGGCGGCUUCGGCGGCAGAGGAGGACGUCCAGGAGGUGGUUUCGACCAUGGAGGUGCAGCUCGCCAGGAGGGGGAGAGUAGCACAAGCGGUGGUCGAGACAAAUCCAACAUCAAAUGCUUCAAUUGCGGAGUAUACGGGCACUUUCAGUCGGAGUGUCACAAGCAACGCCGCAAUCAUGAACAGGAGGCUCAUCUCACCCGUGCAUAUGACGAGGAGCCAACCUUGAUGAUGACUGUUUUAGAGGAAUCAUCAACUGUCAUUCUACUCAAUGAGGAGAAGGUGGUGCCAAACUUACUCACAGCGGGGGAGGAACAAGUUGCCAACGACGUUUGGUACCUUGACAACGGAGCUAGCAAUCACAUGACCGGCUACCGAGGCAAGUUCAAGGAGCUUGACGAGAACAUUACAUGA